AUGGUCUUAACCAGCCGAGUGAGUGGCUUUGGUACUUGGAACCAGAUUGCUCAACCGGAAGUACUGGAAGAGGCCGAGGUGGCGGCUAGAGGAGACCAGUCUCAAUUCUCAGUUUGGCUAACUGGGGGGGGUUGCCAGCUGAAAUGGGCUAAGUAUCUGGGGAGAGAUUUGAAGCUGCGGUUGCAGCUGGCUACUGUGGCUACUGGCUUUGGGGAUGUCAUGGAUGCAUGCAUGAAGUCAUUAGAUAGGGUCCCCGACAAUGUUGGGACCACUUGUACUGAGGAAAGGCCAUGGUGGGUGCUUAUCUCCCAUGAUAUUAUAACUAGUGCUGAUGUUCACGAUGAUGGUGGCGAUGAUGCGCAAGCCAAGAUGGCUCGAUGUUACAAUGAUGUGAACCUACAACUGGAUUUGUCCGAAGGAGGAAACGGGAUAGGAUGGAGGAAGAAAAGAAGAAAGAUAUGA